AACAUCACAUUUCAGACGGAACUAUCCGCCUCCCCUCCGUGCCUUCUUCCUGGGGAGGAGCGUUUUUGCGGCUGCACUCACUUCCUGGUUACAGAAUUUUUCAGCCAUGAGUUUUGAGUGGCCCUGGCAAUACAACUUUCCUCCCUUCUUUACACUGCAGCCAAAUGUUGAUACUCGGCAAAAGCAGCUGACAGCCUGGUGCUCACUGGCGCUGUCUUACUGUCGCCAUCAGAAACUGUACACACUGGAUGUAAUGGAGGCCCAAGAGAGUCCCGUCUUCAACAACAAGAAAAUACAGAGGAAACUCUCAACAGAUACCAUUCAAGUUAUAUUUGAAGAGCUCAGAAAAAAAGGGAACUUGGAGUGGAUAGAUAAAAACAAAACACGCUGUUUGAUAAUGUGGAGGCGACCAGAAGAAUGGGGAAAACUUAUAUAUCAAUGGGUUUCAAGUAAUGGAAUGACAAACUCAGUGUUCACAUUGUAUGAGCUCUCAAAUGGAGAUGACACUGAAAAUGAAGAAUUCCACGGUUUGGAGGAUUGGCUGCUGCUGAGAUCACUUCAGACCUUACAGCUGGAGAGAAAGGCAGAAAUUAUUACUCUCAACGAAAGCAAAGGGGUCAAGUUCUUUUGAUGUUCAUGUGACUACAGACAAACUGAACUUAUUACCUGAGUGGAUAAUGCAUUUGUUUCAUUUGGUGGUGGUGGUGGGGGGGGGGGGGGGGGGGGAAAGCCAGUUCUGUCAGAAGGCUUAUGUUUAUAAUAUUAAGCUAAAGCCUUUUUUUUAUAUUUAGAAUAUAUUAUAGAACUUGCCUGAUGUCGGACUCCCAACUGCAAUAAAGGUAUUUCCCAGCGCCACCAAAAAUCUAAAAGACAACUUCUUUAUUUGUGCUUGUUCUGCAGCAGACACUGGCGAUUUAGUUACACUCACUGAAAAAGCAGCGGUGAGCUGGAAUUUUAUAAUGGUUAAACACACUUAACGGGAGCUGGUGGAAGCUAUACAUUUGUCUAUGUGAAAAGCGAUGGCCUAAAGCAAAAAAUUGUUUUAAAAAAACAAAAAAAAACGCUUUAUAAUGUUUUUGCAGCCUUUACAUUGUCUGUGGUAUUUAAUAGAAGUAAAUGUUCAUACUGGUCACUGUAAACAGGUGGUCUUUAAAUGCGUCAAUCAACAGUAGCAGCAGUAAUAUAGUGGGGCAAUUUUCUUUAUCCAGUUUAACUCUUUUUUUGAAAGGAGAGAAUUCCAUUGUAAUGUUAUGAAUCUGAGAAACAAACAACUUGAGAGGUUGAUGAAAAGACUAUAUAUAAAUAGUUGUUUGAUUCUAGUUUUUCUCUAUUUAAAAAAUGCAACUUUGUCAAAGUCUGGAGUAAAACCUUUUAAAAAAAAUGACCCUAUGGUACUGUAUUUUAAUUUCAAUAGGUUAAAACCAGUCAGCUUUUUAUUUGCUCUAGGUCAUCUAUAUGUCUAUAGGACUUCUAAGGAAGUCUUAAACCUACUUAAAUGAUGUCUUAAAAGUUACAUUAAUGUAAAAAAAAAUGUGUACGUGUCUUGAAAUAAUGAAAUUCUUGCUAGUGUGUUUUUCCCCAUUUUUCCUGACAGCCUUCUGAAUUUUCGUUUUGUUAACCACAGAUGCUUUCCCAAUGCAUUGCUGUUGAGAGGAUGUUGAGUUUUAAGUAGUGAUGCGUGUGUUAAUCAUGAGGGUUAUAUUCAAAUAAUGUCUGUCUGCCUGACCACACUCUAUACAGCAUGUAUUCUCCAACGAGUGGUUACAUGUUUUACUUGUCCUGUAAAAUGAUAAACGCUGACAUAAAAUAUGUAAAACUGCUGCUGUUCUUUGGGUGCUUUGAUGGGGGUGGAGGUGGGAACACGAACACACAAUUUGAAAUUUGUUUUUUAUUUAUUUGGGUAUUUUUUUGCUUUGCCUGAUUGUAAAUCGUUGCAGAUUUGUUCUCUGUUGCUUGUCCACAUACUGUACGUGUGUGGGGUGGGGGGUGGGGGGUGUAUUUAUAACCUUGCAACUUUUAAAAGGUUAAUUUUACAAACAAUAGAUUAAAUAAAAACUGAACUGUAACAAAAAUGCUUUCAUAUCCAA